AUGGCCAAGAUCAAGUCUAUCGAAUACUUCAGGGUAAAGCCCCGCUGGCUUUUCGUCAAGGUCACUGACGAUGAGGGCAAGUUUGGUUGGGGUGAAGGAACCCUUGAAGGUCACUCUCUGGCCGUCGAGGGCGCGUUGGACGAGAUCAUCGUUCGUCUCCUGACGAAUGAUAGUGACAUUGAGCACAUUUGGCAAUUGAUUUGGCGACUUGGCUUCUACCGCGGCGGCCCCGUCUUCAUGUCUGCAAUGUCCGGCAUUGACAUCGCGCUAUGGGAUCUCAAGGGCCGUCGAUUGGGAGUGCCCGUUUACCAGCUGCUGGGCGGCAAGGCUCGCAUUGCCCAAGGACUCAAGUGUAUCAAGAUGAACGCCACCGAAGACAUCAACUGGCUCGACUCCCCCGCUGCCCUCCAAUCCUGCGUCGACCGUCUGAAGCAAGUGAAGGCCCUGGGCCUAGAUGCUGGACUCGAUUUCCACGGCCGUCUACACCGACCUAUGGCCAAGCAGCUCGCCAAAGCUCUAGAACCCUACCAGCCUCUCUUCAUUGAGGAGCCACUCCUCUGCGAGCACCCCGAGGCUAUUAAGCAGCUCUCAAACUACACAACCAUCCCAAUUGCCUUCGGAGAACGUCUAUAUACCCGCUGGGACGUAAAGCGCUUCCUCGAAGACUCUUCUGUCGACGUUCUUCAGCCUGAUAUCGCGCACGCCGGCGGAAUCUCAGAGACAAAGCGGAUUGCGACACUGGCUGAAACUUACGAUGUUGCUAUCGCGCCACACUGCCCUCUUGGCCCUAUCGCUCUUGCGGCAUCAAUGCAGGUGGCCAUUUCCACCCCCAACUUUGUCAUUCAGGAGAUGUCGCUGGGUAUGCACUACAAUGUUGAGGCGGGAGAUAUCGACCUGAAUAGCUAUCUCAUCGAUAAGACCGUAUUUGAUAUCAAGGAGGGAUAUGUGGAUGCACUUCAAAAGCCUGGUAUUGGAAUUGAGAUUGAUGAGGAUUUGGUUCGCCGGAUUAGCAAGGAGACUGAGCCCUGGCAGCCAAAGGAGUUCCACGGGCCUGAUGGGUCGAUUCGCGAGUGGUAA